CACACGAGGAGGUGGGUGGCCAGCACCACGCCCGGCCGACUGUCUCCCCAUUGGCGGUGUUUACGCAUUCCAACAGUCACUCAUUUGAGGCUGAGUCGACUUAGGGGAAGCGCAGGACCAGUUAACGUAAUCGUCACUGGCGUUGGUGGCCGUGAGCGGGAUACGAACUCGGAUCCGCCGGGUUCCUAGCGCAGCGCGCAAACGUUUCAGCACCGCUCCCCACGAACAAAAGACAAAGAUCCCCCGUGUGGCCUCAACAGACUGUAAGACAAGUGCAUCCAUAAACACGCACGCGCACGCAACACGCCACUUUGCCAGCUUCCACCCCACUCCCCACCCACCCACUCGGCCAUGAACACGGAGUCCGAACACCGCACAGAGAGAUCGCAGCCAUGCGGCCCCUACACGCCUGUCUCGUCUGUGUCAUCACCACCCUCCUCCCACACGCCUGCCGCCCAGGUGCUGCGGAAGUGGUUUUGAAUCGGCGAGAGGCAACCAGCUUCUUGAGUGCCAAGACGUCGGCUCAGCAGGGGCAGCAGCAGCAUCACCGGAACCGGCGUGCCAAACCGGUGCGCGAGAUCCUGGAGGAAAUCAGGCCUGGCUCCCUGGAGCGCGAGUGUGUCGAGGAGACGUGCACCAUGGAGGAAGUGCACGAGAUUACGGGCGACACACGCAAGACGAUUGAAUUUUGGAACAAAUCUGACGGAGAUCAGUGCGCAUCGAGCCCCUGUCAGAACAAUGCCACCUGCCACGAUCGGAAGGGCCUAUACAUCUGCACGUGCGACGAAGGAUGGGAGGGCAUCAACUGUGAGCUGGGAAGACGCACGUGCGCCGAGGACAACGGGGGUUGCGACCACUUCUGUCUCCCCGCGGAGGACAAGGGCAGCCGCAAGUGCGAGUGUGCCGCCGGCUACACGCUGGCGCCCGACGGCAUGGCCUGCAACCAGUCCGUGGACAUCCCGUGCGGGAAGAUCCAGGUGCGUUCUCCCUCUCCCGUCAUCUCGCCCUCGGAGGAGGCGUCGAUGACGGGGCAGGCCAACCACACGACGGUUGCGGAGCCCGAGAGGGGCCCGUUCCUCACUCCGCGCAUCACGGGAGGACAGAUCUGCACCAAGGGCCACUGCCCCUGGCAGGUGUUGCUCAUCAAAGGCACCAACAAGGCUUACUGUGGGGGCACCCUGAUCCACCAGCAAUGGGUGCUCACAGCUGCGCAUUGCGUCUCCGCUCAAGAAAAGUACCCCACGUUUGUCCGACUGGGCGACCACUACCGCAACAAGCCAGAGCCCGAGGAGCGUACCGUGGCCGUGGCCGAGAUAAUCGCUCACCCGCACUUCAACCUGCGCACCUUCUACAACGACAUCGCCCUGCUGCGGCUGCGGCACGCCGCGGGGCUGAGCCCCUACAUCGUGCCCGCCUGCCUGCCCGACCCCCGCGCGGCCGAGAGGAGCCUCUUGCUACCCGGAGUCCGAGCGGUGGUCAGUGGGUGGGGACGAACCCUGGAGCAACCAGGGCUCAGUGGCUCCGGCAGGCAGUCGAUUGGCAACGAAGAGCAAGAGGUCUUGGUCGAACCUGCCCUCCCCGAGGUCUCGGGCCACUCGUGCGUGGAAAGCCAAGGAGGACACCAAGUCAACCCCGAAGAAGUCGUUCCGUGUGGUCCCCCAGCCGCAGGAAACGACAAAAACAAUGCCACUUCAGCUGGUCUCAGCGACGAGGAUUUGGCCAGACCCGAUGGUCGUUCUGCAAACCCGAACAUUAGAGGUCAAAGCAGGCCUCCGGUUAGGGCGCCUCCCAUCAAACCGUGGAGUCCCAAACCAGCGUCGCAAAAGCCCAACAAACCCAGCAGCAGCGGUAGCGGCGGCAGCGGCGGCAGCGGCGGCAGCAGCGGCAGCAGCGGUAGCAGCGGUAGCAGCGGCAGCAGCAGCGGCAGCGUCAUCGCGGCAUCCGUUCUGGGCCAGAGCGACAUGUCCCCCGUGCUCCGAUUCGCCCGCGUCUCGCUCGUGUCGCACGAGACGUGCAUCAACACCUCCCGCUUCGCCGUCACGCGCGACAUGCUGUGCGCUGGGCCGGGGUCGCCGGCGGGGUCAAGCGGGGGCGCCCCACAAGCGGACGCUUGCGACGGGGACAGCGGGGGCCCGCUGGUGGCCCCGCUGGUGGCACGGGGACGUGACCGUACGUGGUUCGUGAUCGGCCUCGUGAGCUGGGGGGAGGGGUGCGCGUUGCCGGGCAAGUACGGGAUUUACACGCGCGUCAGCCGCUACGUGUUGUGGAUCGAGAGCAGCAUUAGGGCAGCGGAGGCGGGACGCGUCGGUGGCAGUCGAGGAGCGUGACGAUGAGAAGGGAAGGAGAGAGUGGACAGGCAGCGGGCUUUGGAUGAGAGGUUAGGGGCAGCUUCUGGGUAGGCCGGGUUUUAGGAAGAUGAGACCCAAAAGCCAAACGGCUCUUCUCUGUGAACUACACACUAAUAAUGUUACAUUUUUCUCCCCACGCGAUUUGAUGAGUUUGUCACGACUCUGGGUGCUGAUUCGAUUCGAGGAUUUCUUCUGGAGAUGGCUUCGAGUGACUCAGAGGUGAGAGCACUGAGCUAGCAUCACUGAGAUCCUGGGUAUGAAUCUGGGUUUCUGCUGCCCAUGAUUAAACCGUGUUCUCAAGUCUACAGACGUUAUUAUCUCAGUCUGAUCACAUACAAAAACAUAUUUAGUCUGCAAUUCACUUAGCUAAAUUCCACCUUUGAGAAUCCAAAUGAUAGGUUAGACUUCCACGCGACAAUCUCAUAGCAGUGUGGAAAAGUGCGGCUAGGACUGUCAAAAAGAUAAGAGCCGUUUGAUUUCGGGUUGUAUCUUUCUUGACGCGCCAAGGGGUAGGAUUAGGGAUAGACUUAAAGAGGAAAAAUAGGUUUUGGGGUCUGGUUGUGUGUGGUUUGGUUACGGAUAAAGCACGCUCGCAAUUACUUUGAGAGACGGGGAGAGGAGCGCAUGUGACCGGGAUUCACAGCAUUCAGCAGCAGGGAUCUAUCCGAAGGGGUCGAUCGAAUUUCGAGAGACAUCUUACAGACCGUAAGGAAACUGAGCCUGGGCCAGGCACUGACUGGAUGGUACGACGGCCGAUGGACAAAGGUGGCGAUGGAAUAGCAGCCAAAGCAGGGAGGGGUACCCGAGACGAUGACCACGGUGGUGGAGAUGGGGCGAUGAAAUCAGUUCUUGCGCAGGAGUGAGAUUGGUUGUGGUAUUACAGGGCCUUGAAUGUUAAAUAUAUCGUGGCCUUCAUCCAGCAGUGGAUAGACCAGGCUCGUGAUGAUGGUGAUGGUUUUGGGGAAGACCUGUAUGCUGUUGGCUAGUGUGGUUAUGAUACAACUCAUCGAAAUGGAUUCUGAGUUAUGAAAUAAAAAGUAAAGUGUAUUUACAACCUA